UCCUCUGCACGAGCCAAUCUAAAGAGAGAGGGGAUGCUGAGAGGGUUUCCUCUUCUUCUGCGGCCUCCCGUCUCCGCGCCAGAGCGCUGCUUCUCUGAGUUCUUUGUGGUUUAUUCUCCCAAAGUGGCCAGCACAAUUGCGCCAGCUAUUUGAAGGUUGAGCAUAUCCAACAUAUUGGUAAGGCUGGCCUAUUUACAUCAACUUAGGAUUUGAUAGACCUCGAAGCUGGCCACGUCACUAGCUAGAGGAUUUGCAAGAGCAAGAUGAGUGGAAUGCCAAAGCCUAUCUGUCUGAAGUUUAUUUCUUUGGAAGAUGGAGAAUUUACAACAAAAAAUACUUCGAGUGGUUUCAAAUUCCGCCUUGUAUCAUAUAAUAUUUUAGCCCAGGUUUAUGUGAAGAGUUCCUAUUUUCCACACACUCCAUCUUCUUGUCUCAAGUGGAAAGCUCGUUCACAAGCUAUUUUGAUGGAACUCAAGAACCUCAGUGCUGACUUCCUCUGCAUACAGGAGUUAGAUGAAUAUAACAGCUUUUACAAAAGCAACAUGGAGAACCUUGGAUAUUCAAGUAUUUACAUUCAAAGAACUGGGCAAAAAAAAGACGGGUGUGGGAUUCUUUACAGGCCUAGCAGUGCAGAGUUGGUCCUAAAGGAAGAAAUACAUUACAAUGAUCUUGUGAACGGUAUUGAUUAUGGGAAUGUUUCAACUGAAAUUGAAAGUAAUGGCAUGCUUGAUAUUGAUAGAAAAGAGGAAGCAUCAGGAAAAGAUUCGAUGAAAGAGAACAGUCAUGGCGAUCAUGGAGAUCCUAGUGAUCCACGUGUCAGAUUGAAACGUGAUUGUGUUGGCUUAUUGGCAGCUUUUAAGCUUAGAGAUGCUUCUAAUCACCUGAUUAUUGUGGCAAAUACACACAUUUACUGGGAUCCAGACUGGGCUGAUGUAAAGCUUGCACAAGUAAAAUAUCUUCUAACACGAGUUUCACAAUUCAAAGAAGUUGUUUCAAAUAAAUUUUGCUCCAUACCUUCAGUGAUUGUAGCUGGUGAUUUCAAUUCUACUCCUGGAGAUGAGGUCUACAAAUAUCUUCUAGGGGCAAACUCUGAUUCAGAAGCACCGGCGAUCCAAUUGUGCAGUCUUUAUGCAACAAAUGGAGGAGAGCCGCCAUUCACAAACUGCACUCCUGAUUUCACUGGAACACUUGAUUACAUAUUCUUGUCAGAUGCUGGCUACCUGAAACCAGUUAGUUUACUUGAAGUUCCAGGGCCUGAGUCAGCUGAUAUUAUUGGUGGGCUACCUAACCACUAUCACCCCAGUGAUCAUUUACCAAUUGGUGCUGAUUUUGUGGUUCUUGGAUCUUCAAACUCUUCGAUAGUUCCCAAACUGCACGAUGUUGAAGACGGUCUUGUUAAGUUUAAAAUUGAGGAAGACAAGAAAGAUCAAAAUAACUGAUAACAUGCUCGUUACCUAAAAUGAGUUUUAUUUCAUCAUUCAGUCAAGUCAAAAAAUCACUUUUACAUAAUGGAUGCUAUCAACUCAUCUUGAUUGGGGUUAGUCACAUUCGUGAAUUCUUUGGCAAAAUCCAGAACUGUUCGUGGACAAUCUUGUGUGGAUUCUUUUUCACAACAACAUUAUCCUUUAGGGGAUGAGGUUUUAGAUGAAAGAUUUAAAGUGCAAUGUGCAUCCAAUACCAUGUAGCCUUAUUAAUGCCAACUUCUUAUUGCAGAUCUGUGCAUCUCUAGAUUAUGAAUGAAUACCCGAAGGCCUGGGAUUAAGAGACUUCAUUAUGUCGUGGAUAUAUUUAUGUACCACAGAAGGCGAUGAUACACUUGACCGGGUGCUACUUAGCUAAGUCGCCAUUUGGGGACAAAAUUUUGGUUUUAUCCUUCCCUUUACUCCUUUUCUGUGACUGGACAUGCAAAAAAAAAUGUUAAUGUAUGUGAAAGAUUUGCUUUUGGGGGUCCCUCAAAGCCCCUAUUCCUUGAAUGUGAGAUCAUGCAAAGAAGACUGAUUUUACAA